CUUCGUGAAAUGCGGGCUGAGCGACCUUCGACCCUUCUGUCCUUGUUCGGUGCGCGUGCACCCUUGAGGUCGCUGAUCUUGGCCGCCUCCGCCAUGUUGGUCACGUGUGCCAACGCAAAAGCACAUAAAGACAUGUGGCACGGGCUUCUGCAGGCUGCUGCUGACGGCAGCGAGGAACAGUGGCCCAGAUGGGUGCGUGAAAUGGCGUGCAACGAGGUCAGAUUCCUCGAUGCAGUUCGACUGCUGCUACGGUAUUCGAUGAUCGAGACGCAGGAGUCUGAGUCAGGUACUUAUUCUGUGCACCCGGUAGUGCACAAGUGGGUAUCGCAGAUGCAGAAAGGCGACGAGAGAAGAGAGUCUGUACAGCUUGCCCUGAUGCUGAUAGGACUCUCUGUUCCUAGUCACGACACUCGGGAGUACUGGAGCAGACACACAACGCUCGCAGUACUGUCGGAUAUGACCUUGAUGACAUUUCUCUGCUGGAAGAUGGAUUUCAGCAAUUAAGCAUUGACACGACCGCCACCGAUGCACCAUUUUCCCCCAUUGAACCUGUCUACUAUGAUCAAUACAGCGACGACGACGAUGAUGAUGACUCUGACGAUAGCGACUUUGAGUACGAUGACGAUAACUACUCCAGCGUCAUAGCCCCCGACCCUAGUCC